AUGUCGAUUAUUUCAAUUAGAGACGUUCAAGUUGGAAAUCCAAACGCACGCUGGUCAGAUCCAUUCAAAUUCACUGUUACAUUUGAGUGCAUUUCUCAUCUCCCAGAGGAUUUGGAAUGGAAGCUAAUCUAUGUUGGAUCCUCAUCUAGUGUAAAUUUUGAUCAAGAAUUGGAUAGCUGCCUCGUUGGCCCUGUCCCUGUUGGUGUAAACUCUUUCACUUUCGAAGCGAAUCCACCAAGUGUCGAUAAAAUUCCAAAAGAAGAGAUUCUAGGCGUUACUGUUCUCUUACUCACUGCAAGCUAUCGUGAUCAAGAGUUUGUACGCGUUGGUUACUACGUUCACAAUGAGUAUGAUUCAGAUGAAUUAAAGGAGAAUCCACCUGCGGAAAUCGAUUUUGAUCACUUGAAUAGAAGUAUUCUUGUUGACAAACCUCGUGUUACGCGUGUUGCUAUUGAUUGGGGCACAGAAACUAAAGGUACAGUCGCAAGCGGUUCACAAUUGCCACCUGUACCUGCACCAGCUACUUUCGAAGAGCUUAACGAUGUUGCGCUACAAGCCGAAGAAGCUGCUGAUAAGAUUGAGGGUAAGAGUGGUCAAGCUGUGGAGACUGAAUCCGGUAAAGAGAAUAAAAAUACAGUAGCUAAUACGUAA